AUUCUUACGCGGAUGUUCAUUUCGUUGUACAUGUGGGCGAUUGCCGGUUGGGGAUUCUGUGGAACAAUUUUUCAGUCUUCUGGAUUUAGCGAGAUAAUUAAUAAUUUGAGAUACGAACAAUGAAUCCAGACGCUUCAUUGCAACUUAUUCAAAUAUUAGAAAAGACUGUUUCUUCAGAUAAAAAUGAGUUGGAAGCAGCUCAAACUUUUCUGGAGCAAGCUUCCCAAAACAAUUUGCCGGAGUUCGUCAAGACCCUGUCGGACAUCCUGCACCAUGGGGGCAACAGCCACGUGGCACGCAUGGCCGCCGGCCUGCAGCUCAAGAACACGCUCACCGCCAAGGACCAGGCCGUCAAGACGCAGUACCAGCAGCGCUGGCUCUCCUUCCCCGAGGACAUCCGAGUCUACGUCAAGAAGAAUAUCCUGUCGGCGCUGGGCACGGAGAACAGCCGGCCGAGCGCGGCGGCACAGUGCGUGGCGAACGUGGCGGUGGCAGAGCUGCCCGUCGGCCAGUGGACCGACCUGAUCCCGCUGCUCGUCGGCAACGUGGUGGGCUCCACUGCCACCGAGAUGCUGAAGGAGGCCACGCUCGAGGCCAUUGGCUACAUCUGCCAGGACAUCGAACACGAGGUGCUGGUGAGCCAGUCCAACCAGAUACUCACGGCAAUCAUCCACGGCAUGCGGCAGACGGAGCCCAGCAACCAUGUCCGCCUGGCCGCCACGACUGCGCUGCUCAACUCGCUCGAGUUCACCCGAGCCAACUUCGACAAAGAGUCGGAGCGCAACUUCAUCAUGGAGGUGGUGUGCGAGGCGACGCAGUCCACAGACACGCAGGUGCGGGUGGCAGCCCUGCAGUGCCUCGUGAAGAUCAUGACUCUGUACUACCAGUACAUGGAGACUUACAUGGCGCAGGCGCUCUUCCCGAUAACCCUGGAGGCGAUGAAGUCGGACAUAGACGAGGUGGCGCUGCAAGGGAUUGAGUUCUGGUCGAACGUGAGCGACGAGGAGGUGGACCUGGCCAUCGAGGACACGGAGGCGGCGGAGGCGGGGCAGCCGCCCGCCCGCACGUCGCGCUUCUACGCCAAGGGCGCGCUGCAGUACCUGGUGCCGGUGUUGGUGCAGAAGCUGACCAGGCAGGAGGAGUACGACGACGAGGACGACUGGAACCCCAGCAAGGCGGCGGGCGUGUGCCUCAUGCUGCUGGCGACCUGCUGCGAGGACGACAUCGUGCCCUACGUGCUGCCCUUCGUCAAGGACAACAUCAAGAGCGCGGACUGGCGCUUCCGCGACGCUGCCCUCAUGGCCUUCGGCUCCAUCCUCGGGGGGCUGGACAACCUGACCUUGAAGCCGCUGGUGGAGCAGGCCAUGCCCACGCUGAUCGAGCUGAUGCACGACCCCAGCGUGGUGGUGCGCGACACGGCCGCCUGGACGUUCGGCCGCAUCUGCGAGAUCAUCCCGGAGGCGGCCAUCAACGAGACCUACCUGAAGCCCCUGCUGGAGUCGCUGGUGACGGGGCUGAAGGCGGAGCCGCGCGUCGCCGCCAACGUGUGCUGGGCGUUCACCGGCCUGGCGGACGCCAGCUACGAGCACGCCGAGGGCACGGACGAGGGCAAGGCGCAGCCGGAGACCUACUGCUUGUCCCAGUACUUCGAGUUCAUCGUGCAGCGUCUGCUGGAGACCACGGACCGCGCCGACGGCGCCCAGGCGAACCUGCGGUCGGCGGCAUACGAGGCGCUGAUGGAGAUGGUGAAGAACUCGCCCAAGGACUGCUACGUUACGGUCCAGAAGACGACGAUGGUGAUCCUGGAGAGGCUGCAGCAGGUGUUGCAGAUGGAGUCGCACAUCCAGUCGCACAGCGACCGAGCGCAGUACAACGACCUGCAGAGCCUGCUGUGCGCCACGCUUCAGAGCGUGCUGCGCAAGGUGACGCCCGAAGACGCGCCCCAGAUCUCGGACGCUAUCAUGACGGCGCUGCUGCAGAUGUUCAACUCGAACUCGUGCAAGGCGGGCGGAGUGCAGGAGGAUGCACUGAUGGCAGUGUCGACUCUGGUUGAGGUGUUGGGCGAGGGCUUCCUCAAGUACAUGGAGGCGUUCAAGCCCUUCCUCUGCCUGGGCCUGAAGAACCACGCGGAGUACCAGGUGUGCGGGGCUGCGGUGGGCCUGACAGGCGACAUCUGGCGGGCGCUGAAGGGCAAGGUUCUGCCGUACUGCGACGAGAUCAUGAUGCUGCUGCUGGAGAACCUCGGGGACAACUCUGUUCACCGGUCGGUGAAGCCACAGAUCCUGUCUGUCUUUGGGGAUAUAGCUCUGAGCAUUGGUCCGGAAUUCAAGAAAUACCUGGAUGUGGUUCUGCGGACUUUGGUCCAGGCGUCCCAGAUACACGUCACGAAGUCAGACUACGACAUGAUCGACUACCUGAACGAGCUGCGCGAGGGCGUGCUGGAGGCGUACGUGGGCAUCGUCCAGGGCCUGAAGGGGGACGGCCCUGCCCCCAGCCAGGACGUGCUGCUCCUGGAGCCCCACGUCGCCUUCAUCGUGCAGUUCGUCACGGUGGUGGCGCAGGACGUGGACAAGUCGGAGGGCAACGUGGCCGCCUGCGCCGGUCUCGUGGGUGAUCUGUGUGCAGCGUUUGGCGUGAAGAUCCUCCCACUUCUGGACGUGGAGCCAAUCACAGACCUGCUGACCCAGGGGCGGCGAUCACGCGUCAACAAGACCAAGACGCUAGCCACGUGGGCGACAAAGGAGAUCCGUAAGCUCAAGAACGCCGUCACUUCUAGCUGGUGAGUAGCUCUCUUUCUCUCUCCUUUUCGCUCUCGUGGGAAAGUUAAGUUGGUUUGCAUUCAAACCAAUUUUGAAUUAAAUCCAUGCUUACGAUCUACACGCUUCUGAUAUUGUACAUCAUACACAUGCAGAUUAAAUAUGUAAGGUGCCUUUCUCAUUCUCUCUUAUUCAUUUAUCAUCAUAGUGGUCCAUUACCGUGGAAAUGUAAAAUGGCAUUAUCCUAAAUUGGUUUGAAAUCAAAUUUCAACUCUAAUUUUACGUAUGUUUGCACGCACUUAGCUUUGUAGUACUUAAAUUUAAAGAUGAGUACGGUAAAACCCUGUUGUUACGACCUCGUUUAUCACAACCAUUUCUCUAUUAUGACUAGGGCCUGGAAUUUUUCGCGAUCGCGAAUUUUGCGAAUUUCGCAUGAAAACGCGAAAAGUAAGUACAUUCGCGAAAACCACAACAUUUCUAUAUUACACUGCGAAUAUAUCCCCGAAAAGUACCAUUACAAUAGAAUCCCGCCGAUGCGAGCCCCCUCUGAUGCGUCCAUUCCGUUUAUAUGAACGUUUUUUGAGAAAACAUGAAAAAUUUGAGCAGAGAAAGUCGAAAAUUUGAGUAAAAUCGGCUGAAAAACAAGUCUGUUACUCUUUGUUGGGCUCUAUGCGUUCACGUUUAUCUUGGCGAGAGCUGUACUGUAAGCAGCCAGGCAUACAAAAGACGUCUAAAAAUAGAUACCACCCCUCUAGACUGGCCACGCGGCAGUGUCUACACGAGCUGGGCGCCUCCACUAUCACAUGAAAAGCCAUCUCAGCUGUCAUGUUAUCUUACCCGCCCGGCGGCUUGAUGUCAUACGUGACGUGACGCGACGCUUACCUCUCCCAUCCCCUGCUAAUUCUUCAAGGCUCAUCCCUCCCAGAGCCACAAACCAUGUAAAAACAACACCACCACCCCCCCCCCCCCCCCCCUUUUUAACAGCUUACAUUUCAACACAUUCCCUCCCUUAUUUCAACCUUCUGCGUGAGAAACUGUCAGCGUGUUUUUUUUUUUUUUUCUCUUUUUUUUUACGCUGCGAAGGGACGUGGAAAAGAUAAUUGCUUGAGCUGUCAAAAUAAACAUCGCUGACGGCAAGGGCGGGAGCGCAUCCUGUCGGUCUGUCGCUGUGAUUAUCUUCUCCAAAAACAUGUCACAGCAUUUCAGGAUAGCAUUGUUCUUGUUUAUUUCGUUUAUAGCCGAAUGUUUUCUACUUGAUCCACACAAGGUUAAAGUAUCCUUUAACCCAAGUCUUGUGUUUCAGCAUAAUUACCUUAUUUUUACAUAAGCCGUGUUCGUGUAUGGUUUUGAUGCUCAAAAUUGAUCUGGGGUAUAGUUCACACUAAGUUUCUUCUCAUUUGUGCGCUGGGGUUUGUUUAAGUGGCAACCCCGUGUUCCUCCACUCCAUUAAAUACAAGCAUAUCAGUAUCAGAAACAUGGGUUUUAUUGUACUGACAAUAGCACAGUGAUGUGCAAAUUUUGCAACUGUAAAGUUUCAUGGGAUAGAAAAGAUUUCAUUGACAAACACCUAAAGUCGGCUAAGCAUGUGGCAUUGGCAGCAAAAAAAAAAAAAAAAAUGUAGUUGCAAACAUCUAUAGCAACGUGUCUGUUUUGUGUAACUGUUUUGGAUUUAAUUGGCUGUUAUUAUGCAUAUUAGCCUAUUCCUAGUAUACAUGGAUUGUUUAUUAAAUAUGUAAGCUAUUAUAUUCAAUAACUGCACAAUUUAGUCAACAUUUAAAAUACCAGUAAAAUUUCCAUUGCAUAACGAAAAUACCGACUUUAAACCACCGCUUUUCUAAUUUGAAAGUACCGCUUUUUGCAUAUUGAAAACACCGAAAUUUUCCAGGCCCUAAUUAUGACUCCUUUAUCAGGAAUUAUGAAACGUUUUGUUAAAAAUUCAAAUUUUUGAAGAAAUUUUCUGAAAAAAAUUUUAAAGUGUGAUGUUCUACGUUUCUUUUACCAAGUGAUGUGCUGCACGUGGCACAGUAGACACCCCCUACCCCUUGUUGAUACUCUUAAUAAUAGUUCCGUGGCAUUGGAUGUCUUUCGUGACUGACAUUAAAAUUUGCCUUUCUGUUCAUAAAAACCAUUAAGUAAGGACUUAUUUAGUAGAAAAAUAACCUACUAUAAACAAACAUGGAUAUGUUAUGAAUUUUUUUUGAAAUCAUAUUAAAAAGAAAUAUUAGAAGUAGAAUAAUUUAUACGUACUACAUAUUUCCUUACCCAAACUUGAAGUCAAAUUGAUACCAACCUCAGUUGAUAUAUCUUUUGUUCAAUUUUUUUUUUAUGGCAAUUCCUGAGCCUUUGGAAUAAUGUACAGAGUUGAUUUGAUGAUUGGUUUUCAUGUGCAAAAAUGGCAUCUGAGCAUGAAUGCAUAAGAGUGGAUCUUGUAAAAGGUGCUGAAAGUGGUGUGUGGCGUAAAUUUUUAGGAGGGGGGAACUGCUUGUGAAUUUAAACAAGUGAGCUUAGUGAACUUAGGCAUAGACACCACUUGUCAUUGAAACUGCUUCAACUGUCAUGUUAAGUUGACUGGCCAUGAUAAAUAUAUAAUGAUAAAUACAAAAUUCAGUUUGUCUAAAGAUAAUCUGUAAUCAAGUCCUCUUUUACGGCACAUCGUUGCCAAGAGGUUCCAACCCCCACAAUGACUGUUAUUUAUGGUCACGUAGUUUGUACUGAAGUAUUUUGUAACCCACUACACACAAUAUUGGAGAUUCUGUUUUCUUAGGCACUUAGUAGUUAUGGUUAAUACCAAUCAGUAUCAAGCAUUGUUUUGUUUUUCCUACUUGUAAAGAAAGCAUUACUUAAGCUUGGUUUUGACAAGUGUUCCUGAUGUUUAGGUUCAAAUGGUUUUGUCUUUUUUCGAAAAAUUUUACUAUUAAUAACUACAUAACAGCAUUUAUCGUGGUAACAUAUUCUUUUGAUAAAAAUUUUAACUAAGAAAUUAAACCUCUAUACUAAUUCCUGAGCUCAAAUGUUAAACAUAUUCCCUUAUCUAUUUAAACUUACUAAAAAAAACAGACCUGGAAUGAAAGCUAACUAAAAUAAAACAGACCUGGAAUGAAAAAUGGUUUUGUAUAUAAUAUAGAAUAUAAUUCAUUCAAAAAUUAUAAUUUCAUAGAAUGUAACUCCAACUCCUUAAAAUGAAAAUAUAUAGAAAGCCGCUGCUUCCAUAUGUUUGUAAAUAUUAUUGUGGGUUUGUACGUAACCAUUUUUCCUGCCCAGGAGUUGAGAGGUUACGAUUGGAGCAGUUUCACUGCUGGUGUGCUGAAAUCUUGAAAAUUUUCACAGAUACAGAGGUGUGGUCAUCUUCAACCUUAAUACUGAAGCUUCAGCAAAUAUAUACUGUUGCUAUACAGUUGAUAAAUGUAUUUAAUUUUGUUUAAAGAAAUUUGCCAUAUUUGUAGGGGUGUGCGAUAAUUGUAAAAAAAAAAAGUUCCAAAUUUCAGUUAAUUAACUAUUAGAAUUUGAUCAUAAAAAAAUGUUGUUUUGAGUAAUCCAUUUUUCACCAACUUUUAUUAUUGUCUUAUAUAAUUUAUCAAUUAUGUUCACAUCUAUGCAUACCACACUGCAUGUUCAAAGGGUUUAUUCCAAGAAAUUAAAUGAACCAUCCAAUUAAAUCAACAUUUCCUGGUAGCUUGAUGGUAGAAAAUAAACAAUGCUAUUUCCAAAUGAAACAACAUAGCAGGAAUGCCAAAACCUACCGUAUUUUUUAGAAACGUUUUGCUAUCAUUUGUAAAACUUAAUAUCCCAAACAUUUUAAAUUUAAUUCAAUUAUAAUCUUUUCUGAAUUUUUUAUCAUCACAGUUAAUCACUGAGCUUUGCCCAUCACCGCUGUUUGAGAUUAAAAUUAAAUUACUUUCCUGUUUUCUCACUUUUUUGUGUAACCAUGUGGUAUAUUGGUAACCAAAUUAUGAUAAAAGUUUUCAAAAUCUUUCAUGUUGUCUUUAUGAUGAAAAUUUGUACACAGUUUUGCUACCACGUAAAAAAGGCUAACUGAACCAGUUUUUUUAGUAUUCAUUAUUUACAGACAAAAAUCUAUGAUUACCCCCAAUGCAUAUUGAUUUGGACUUAAUCUUUAUGCAUGUAGUCAGCCAUUGUCCUUGGGUGCUGGUUAGGCCUAAUCUAUGUUGUGUUCCUUAAAAAUUUAAAAUAAGGAAUUAUAGUUUUUAAUUUUAAGUUAAUCAAAGUUGAUAACCGUGUAUGGAUACCGGGCAAUGUGGUGGAGAGUAGAGUUCUCAUGAGUUUGCAACGUAACGAACCAAAGGCUUAAAAAAUAUUAGUGUAAACUUUUACUUCUUUACCAGCAACAAGUAAACUGCAGAAUGAAAAAUUUAUCAUGUGUGUUCUGAAUUCUCGAAAAGGUACUGUGUUUUCUCGCAUAAUCGGCGCACAUUUUAUUCUAAAAUCAAGUUUGAAAAGUAUGGGUGCGACGAUUAUGCGGGGAAAAAAAAUUUUGUUAGGUAAAUUAUUCAUUAAAAAAAACCGUUCAUAGAAAGUACAUUUAUUUAUAAUAAAUUAAAAAAAGGUGGAGUAUACAAGGGCACACCAAACAAUUUAUAUUAAUAAUUCAUUAAACAAAUACCUUUCUUUAACUUUUAAUAGGAAACCCAAACUGUAACGCGAACGCAGGCCACUUGAAUCUGCGACGUGAACUAAAGCGUAACUAUUGUCGUAGUACACAUUUACCACGAAAGAAUGCGGGCCAUCAAAUGUAGUUAACUUGGCACUCGACAGAGAGCGCGCGCUGCAUGCAAUCUGCGAGACAUCGAUAUUCGACUACGUGCGCGCGCUCUGUACGGGAAGCAACAUAACCAAACAUGAAUGAUGACAACUAGCGCUGGCUACAUGCUCACGAGCGGUACACCGCGGCGAUGCAGACGAUCAGAUAAGGGAAAUAACAUUUCAAAAUGUCUUUAAAAGAAAAUUUACACGUCAGACAACUUUGUAUUUCCGUUAAUUAAAUAAUUAAGUGCUAAUGUCUGAAUAAAUGUUAGAUUUCUACUUUAAAAUACAUUGUUUGAUACGGAAAAGAUAUCUACACCGGUACGCCGUGGCAAAGCAGAUGAUCAGAUGAAGAUAAUAACGUUUAAAAACAUCUUUAAAAGAAAAUUUACACGUCAGGCAACUUCGUAUUUCCGUUAAUGAAAUAAAUAAGUGGUAAUUUCCGAAUAAAUAUUCCUAGUUUAAAAUUAGUGAUGGGUCGAGACUCGAAAAAUCGAGCGAGUCGAGUCGAGCCGGCGAAACUAAACUCGACUCGAAAACCGAGUUGAUUAAGAUCGUGUCCUCGAGUCUCGUCAAAGUUUAGUUUUUGGCUCGACCAUAAUUUUCCACAUUUUCCAAUCGUGAAGGUACUUAUUUGAAACCAUGGACUUUAAAAUAAAAUAAAAUGUAUUAUUUAGGCCUACCUAGUGGAAAACCUCUGAUCCAACACUGAAAACCUUGAAAAUAAGGUCGGAAUAUUAUUUAUUUUCGAUCGUGUAUAACCGCAAACAGUGCAUCCCAUCAUUCAAUAUGCACUUAAUACUUCUAAUUCCAACAAAAUACCUUUAUUUAACUAUAACGGAAUUAAAAAAUGUUCUCUAGAUUCAGUCAUGAACAAGACCGCGAACAUCGUUAAUAUUUGGGCAGCUUUGGAAGUAAAUAAUAUUUACUACUAAACACUAGAUAGCCGCCAUUUUAACUCUGGGCCAAUGGCCUACGUAAGUCAUCUUACAGCCAGGGAAUGUUGCCACUUUGACAAAUCAAUAUCAACAAUAAUUGAAAUCUCCAACCAGUUUUCCAUGGCCGAACGGAAAAUUGAGGCUGUUGAUGUUUAUGUUUAAACUUGAAAGUAAUGUUUGCGUCGCCGGCGUCGUACUAAUCAUAAACAGUUUAGUAUUAGUGGAAUGGAUAUGUUUGUACGGCUUGGGACGUCACAAAGUGACGAACAGAAAUCAAGAGCAGAGAUUUGGGAAUUUUUUGAAAAAAUUGAUCAUCAGAUAGCUAGACUCAAGUGCUGCAAAAAAAUUUACAACACUCCGUCAUCAACAACUUCAAGUCUGAUUCGUGACUUGGAUGUGCAUUUUUACUUAAGUGUCAGUAUGAAGAUAUAAAAAAGACAAAAAAUCAAAAUGUGUAGUGCAACCUUUAAUAAUUAUAUUAUAUUGAGAAAUAUUUAACUUAUAUUUAUUUCGCUCAUCAUUCUGCCACUUGAACCUCGACAAAUUUCCAUGAGUUUGGCUCGAGUUCAACUCGAAGACAAAUUUCUAUGAGUUCGACUCAAGCUCGACUCGAAGAUAAAUUUCUUUGUUUAACUCGAACUCGACUCGAUGCUGAAAUAGGGUGACUUGACCCAUCACUAUUUAAAAUACAUCGUUUUAUACGGGAAAGAUACCUACACUAAGCGCUCGGCAUCUAAUACAGUCAAACCUCUAUCUAUCGAACUCGCAUGUAUCGAUUGUCCGUGUUUAUCGUAUACUUUCUACGGUCCCGGCAAAAUUUCCAUACAACUAAGGUUAAAAAAGUCCGCUUGUACCGAUGUUCGGAUUAUCGUUUUGUCCGCAUUGAUCGUACAAAAUAUGUGGUCCAGUCACUAUAAAUUAUAAUAGAUGAUCGUUUAACCAUAAAGAUUUUGCAGAAAUAACCAUUUCUUAGACAGAAACCGUCAUAAAAAAGUAACGAUUGUAUACAGAAGUAGUAAAAAUCACCUUAAAUCUGCAGCCAAGUAAUGGAGCGUGUAAACAUGAAGAAAA